GGGUGUGGGGUGGUCUCCAGCGCUGAACAAACACUCUGAGGUGCCUUCCCAGAGCCUGGCCCUCCGCAGACACAGAGAGCAGCACUGCAACCUGGAAGGAGCACUGUUUCUGCUACCAUGGAAACCAUUCAAGGAAUAGAACAGACUAUAGGGGUGGUCCCUGGAGGUACUCAGCCCUCGAAGAAAUCUGUUAUAAGGUCUCAACUGUGGAAGGAGAGCACAGAGAAGUUCAUGAAGGGGGAACCCAAAGUCCUCGGGGCUGUACAAGUUAUGAUUGCUCUCAUAAACCUGAGCAUAGGAAUCAUAUUGAUCUGCACAUCAUUACGUGAUAUACCACCCAUUUCAUUGAUAUUAGGGGUCCCAGCUUGGGGGCCACUGAUGUUCAUAAUCUCAGGAUCCUUGUCAAUCGCUGCAGCAAUAAAACCUACAAAGAGACUGGUCACCGUCAGUCUAGUUUUCAACACCAUCAGUGCUGUGCUGGCUAUAACCGCAAGCAUUAUGAGUGUCGUCAGUGUGGUUGUGUGUUUGCAUACUCCCCGUCUUAAUUUGGUAGCAGGUAUAGAUUCCUUGAUGCUCAUUUUAAAUUUGCUAGAAUUCUGCAUUGCUGUGUCUGUCUCGGCCUUUGGAUGUAAAGUAACCUGUUGUGACACCAGUGAGGUUGUUGUAGUUCAAUCAUCAAAUCCUGCUAGGACAGCAAUGGCACUCCCUGUGCUACUUCAACCAUUGGCACCACCAGAAUACCAAGGAAUAAAUGUUCCAGAAAACCCUACAUGGACCCCACUGGAGAAUUAGUCUAAGUCUGAUGCGUGUGGGGUAGUAGUAGGUGGGGGGUUGUGAUUUCAAAAUCAUAUUCUCAUUGUUUGUUUUCCUGGGAAAUUAACUCUUCAUUGCACUGAUUUUUGGUAAAUGUAUCAGUCAUGCUAUACAUGGAUAAAUCAAGCAUUUACUAUGUCAAUAACACGUUAACAUCUUCCACUCAUUGUGUGAACAAGGGGUAUUGAAUUGGCAAAGAAAUCUUGAAUGCAAACUGAAAACAAAACAAAACAAAAACAACUAUGUAUUAGUGAAAUAAGGUCUCCAAAGAGUGACAACUACAAUUCGUAUUUUAUUUGGAACUUUUGCUAAAUCAGUAGAUUUAGCUGGUCAUGAUAGUGUACAGACACUUAAAUUAUGUAAGACCACAGGUAUGUUCAAUUACUAUAGCAGCUAAUUUUGAUCUCUAUGCUUAUUUACA